UAUAACCCAACUUGGGUUCUUUUUAUCCCAGCAUUUUUAGAGUCACAGAGGUUAAACAGUUAACCCAGCCACUGGGUUUGUCCUUAUUUAACCCAACUUGGGUUCUUUUUAACCCAGCAUUUUUAGAGUGUACUCAAAUAUAUCUGACCAUCAGAGAUCCAUGAAUUAUUAUCGGUGCAGAGCAUUAGUUGGAGCACUGAAUCUCUGUGCGGGAGUGUGUGUUUUCAGAUGAUCUGCAUAUGUGAAUGAUGUUGUUGUGCUGAGAGAGAUCAGAGCGCUUCUGCCCACCCGACCCGAGAUGACGCGCGACUCCUCGGCAGAGGCUUAUCCCGGACACUAAUGCUCCUGUCAGCGCUCGGCACUUUUCAGUCUACUAACUAGUAGACGGCGAGGAGGAGGAGGAGGAGAGGUUGUCAUGGACCCUGGAGUGUGCGCCCUGGAGCUGCUGGGUGUGUUUUUCUCGCUGGUCGCCUGCUUGUGUUCGCUCCUCACCACCGCCUCGCCCCGGUGGCUCACGCUCUCCACGGAGCUCCUGCCUACAGAGAGCUUCGAGCUGGGACUGUGGGGAACGUGUGUGGUGCAGGAUCUCGGGGUGACCGAGUGCCGGCCGUAUGACAGUCUGCUGGGUCUCCCUCCUGACAUCCGGCUGGCCAGAAUCCUGAUGUGCACCACGGUGGCGGCGGGUUUGAUCGGCCUGUUUUUCGCCGUCCCGGGCAUCUACCUGGUGAACAGCUGCAGACGCACCGAGACCUUCGAAGCCAAGCGGACCCUGAAGAUGCUCGGGGGGAUCAUGUGCUUCGUCGCAGGAGUCCUCGGCCUCGUGCCCGUCUCCAACGUGGCGCACCUGACGGUCCUGCGCUUCUUCGACGAGAGCGUGCCGAGCGUGGUUCCUCGCUGGGAGUUCGGAGACGCGCUCUUCUUCGGCUGGACCGCUGGGUGUUUGCAUUUGGUGGCUGGUUUCUUGUUGGUCACCUCCUGCUUGUGUCUGCGAGAGGAAACGUGCCCGUUACACCAGACUAUACCGCUAAACGGAGCACGAAUGAGGAAUUCAGAACGCGGGAGGACAGAAUAUGUGUGAGACGAAUGGUUGGUUAAAGGCACAGUUUUGCUUCAACUAAUGUUUUACUGCGCAGAUAAUAAUUCAGUGAUCUCUAUUGAUCAGAUAUAUGUGAGUAGAUUUGUGUGUAAAUAAAUGCUGCUACUUUUUGUUUUUUAUUUUUGUGUCAGAUUUGGUAACACUUUACAAUAAGGUACUAUUAGUUAAUGCAUUUAAAUAACAAUGAGCAAUACAUUUAUUACAGUC